GCGAUGCCCUUAGAGAUUCACCCAACAUCUCUGAAGUGAUUGCCUUAGAAGAGGGGAGUUUAGCUUCUAACUCCCAGGACUGGUGUGAGAGAAGCCUACAGGGAGGUGAAAGAUCUGAUUUUAUUUCUGACAGAGAAGACUCUCCUGAUGCUCUUUCAGAAGUGGAAGACCCCUAUAUUGCUUGGAAAGCAACAGGAAGCGGCACUUUCUGCACUGCGCACACUAAAGCUCGACGGAGGCAGUUUGAGUCAACCAAAUAUGGCCGGAGAGAGGCGGCAGAGAUUUACACUCUACAAUCCAGCUGUAAUAAAAGCACAUGCCCGGAAAAACAAAUGGGACCUAAUAUUUCAUUGAAGCUCAGCACCAGAGAGGUGUGCUCAGUUAAAAUCCAACCUCAGUCGCGGGAUUCAAAAGAUAAUUUGCACCAGAAGACUGUAUUUACAUAUAAGAGUAGCACAGGGACGUGUAGAUUAAAGAAAAAGAGUCAAGAAAACUCAGUUAUCUUGGAUGCCAAUAAUCUAUUUGACCCUCCUGAAGUUACAGUAAAUGUUCCACCUGAAACCAGCAAAACUAAUCAGCUGAAUGAUUUUAACCACCUAGAAAAAUACCCUCCAAAUAGAGGUUUAUUAGAGGGCAAAACUUUGGUAACACAACAUCACAGCUCAUUUAAACACAAAACAUGGCCACUCACAAAAAGCGCGGAUAUCAAAAGUAAAAAGAUACAAUUUAAUCAGAAGUUUAAAAUCUGUAAUGUUGAAGAAAAGGAGAUACAGACUCCUGAACUCUUCAGCACUUACUCUGUUUUAAAAAGAUGCAACAGCUUGAAUAAUGACAACGGUAAAUGUUGCAGACAUAAGGCACAUUACAAAAAUAGAAGUAGAUGUAGUGGCUGUCCGCAUGUAGUUACUCAUCACACAGAUGAAAUAAAAUGCAAGAAAAAUUACACAAACUUCCAGUUAAUUCAAGAAACUGCUGCGUCAAGUGUAGCCAGCUCUGAAAGACUUGACAAAACAACACAAUGUGCUUCACAGAACUUAAAGUCUGAAAACAGAGACACACCUCAUGCACAGAUCAAUGUAUCGGCACAGGAUGAGGAUACCAUCUCACUUCCUGUGGGUGAUGAAAGCCCUGACAGUGGAUCAUCAGAGGUCUACAAUCGUAUCACAGAUUUUCAGAAUAAAGAUCAGAAGUUGGGUGUCUGCUUCCAAGAGGAUCAGUCUGAAUGUAUUUCAGCACAAGGAGUUAAUCCACUGGGGGCGCUGAAUAAAACUGGAUCAUCCAUCACGUUUACUACAGUUCCAUUGAGUACCUGUACCACGGUGACCUUACCUGGUCUAUCAGGAGACCCAGACAGAGAGGAAGUCUCUGGGAGGCAGUCAGGUCAAAAACUGCCUCAGGGUAGGAGGUCUCAAUCAUGGCUCUUUUCAGAUCAAACCCAAGAUAUUUAUGCUAACUACUUGGAUCAGGAAAACGCUACACUAGAAAAUGACGGGCAGUUUGUGUCUCCAAACAAGCCUUUAGCAAGGGUAAAUUCUAGCCCUUUAGCAGCAAAACCUGAAUCGAUCCCAUUCCAGUCUGACACUAGUAAGGGGACUAAGGAAUUUCACACUCAGAUUUCCUUCUCAGAUAAUCRACUGUUUUCCUCUGAUGUCCUUGAAGCAGAAGAUCCCUCCCCUCGAUUGUCAGACAGUUGUAGAGAGGAAUCCACCUGCUCUCCUCUCCAGCCUAAAAUGGAACAGAAAACGGAGAGCAGUAACUUUUAUGAACUCCCCUAUGAAAUAAAAUCCCCUCUCUCACAUUCAGACUCCAAUAAUAACACCAAAGUUGUUAAAAGUUUAUCCGAUGAAGCUCAGAGCAAAUGCAAAGCUAAAGAUAAAACCAUUUGCCUACCGAUGGAUGUAUCCGUAGGUGUGACUCAUGACUUUAUGGCAGACAAAGUAAAGCACCAGGAACAUUCUACAGUGACUCCUGGUGAUCACAGAUCGAAGAGUGAAGACUCAAUACCUGCAGUAGCAACAUUUCCUAAAAGUCAAGAUCAUUUAAGGACAGUUUCCAUUGAUCAGCUACAAAAUCAGAAGACACUAGAAAGGUUUGAGAAAGGACUUAAACCCUUCAUUCCAAGUUCCGAGAUGAACAUUGAACUCACAAAAGAGAAGAACCAGUUAAGCUAUCCAGUGGAUUACAGCCUAUCCCGAAAGUUAGCUAACUUAUCAAAAUCAGAGUUGGAAUCUGAGGUGAGUCCUGGCCUACAAGGUGGAUGCGAGAAAAUUCGGAAACAAACAACGGAUGGUACAGUGACUUCCAUCACAACUACCAGUGACUGCAAUGGGAAAACAAGCGUUGAAAAAAUAACCAAAAGAACCAAAUCAAACGGCAACCUGAAGGAAGUUAAAGGCUCCAUGUUUUUGAUAUUUGCUAAAACGCCUUCUUUAAAGGAGGAGGAGGAGGAAGUACAGAAGACUUUGUCAGAGGAAGGAAGCAAAAAUGUUUUAUCUGAACAAGAGUUGCAGAAGAACCACUCUGAGGAUAAUAACGACGAGGAGGUUUCAGCUACAGGUGACACUGUCAAACGGGCAGGUGACCAAGCAGUACUGCCGCUGCGUCACAGGAUAGAUGAAAGGGAUGGUGAGCUCUUCCCCUCUUCACACUGCACUCAUCAUGUUUGUGAGCUGGCGAGUGAGGAUAAAGGAUCAAAUGCAGAAAACCUUCUGAGACAAAUCCUUUUACCUAAUGAACGGAGCUUCAAGAACAGCCCCAACAUCUGCAUGUGCUUUUCUGAGCCACAUAAGUUCUCCAGUGUGUUUGAGCCACCGUUAGCUAAGGAGGAUAUUGAUAUGGACUCUGGUAAAGCCAGACAGUUCUGGUCAAAAGUUAAAAAGAACAUGGAAGCUGAGCAUCUGAAAAGAUCUUUUUCGGAGACAGAGGGUGAAUAUACCAAACUACCUUCUGAGGAUGACUUCAUCUUCUUUCCAGUGCUCGACACAUUGACUGGCCCUGGAUUGUCCUCCUCCCUCAGAGCCCAUAGCCACACAGAUUAUGAUUCCAAGAAGGGAGUUUUGCAAAGAAAUGAAAUAGAGAACCAGAAUAAAACAUGUUCUGAGAGUCUACCUUUUACAUUAUGUCCAUCUGGCCCACCUUCAAGUUUAGACAACUCCUCAGGAGAACAGCCCAGUCACACAAAUUCUGGUUCUAAACACAGUCAUCCGCAUUCACCAUUCAGGUCCAGAUCUCACACGCUAGCCUGUGAGGGCUCAGCUGGCUGCCCCCUUCGGCCAUUCAGUCCUAAACCUAAUAGCCCAAGGCCAACGGCUCAGCGCAAAGUAUUUCGCUACCGUCACACAACAAAGACCAGUCCCGUCUCUGCCCCUCUUCUGAGUCAGUCAGUCAGUGUAGAGGGAUUGACUCUGCCGCCUGAGAAACCUAAAAGCCUAAAACCCUCCACUAGCCCUCGGAUUCUCAAUUUUAGUCCUCUGAAUGACUUCCAAAGUGAUUUUCAGUCACAAGUCAGCCUCUCUGACACUGGCUCCAUUGGUGAAUUAGAGGUGACACAAAACAGAGGACAACCUGUCAGCAGCUCCAGAGAAAGAAUGCUGCUGGAGGUGCGGGACAGGAGGAGAGCCUUCUUGUUUCAUGGUGGAAGACCGGGAUGCUGGGUAAACGAAGGCAGGUUUGGAAUUUACCAGCAAGGAAGACCGAAGUGUUUCGAUGACCUUUGGAUUGAGGAGCAAAAGAAGUACAAGUGCAAACUGGCCAAAAGCAUCAGAGACCCCACAGGCCAUGUGGACACACUGUGGUCAGAAAAAAUGAUCAAAGUAAGACGUUGCGGAUGCAGUGUCCUGAGCUACCAAAUCAAUCAUCCAAACCAUAAGACUCUUUUUAAUUCUAAUCUUUUCCACUUCUGCCUCACUUUUGACUCUGUUCUGCGUAGAAAGUUUGUAUUUUAGGUGGAUUACAACAGAUUUUUUUUACAUAAACUCUCAUUUUGUUACUUUCUGUGUCCUACUAACUGGUUUCAUCUCACAGCACUGUCCUUGUCACUGCUUUUCUGCUUCUGCUUAAUCUUGAUCAGGGUCAGGGGCGGGUGCUAACUCAGCAUUCAUUCAAUUUAAAUCCAAUCAAUUAUUUGAUUGGGGUUGUUAGGAAAACACUGGACAGUAUUGAUAAUAAUGGUAAAUUAAAACUGUUUUCUGU